AUGGGGCUCCGGCUGUGGCUGCUCCCCGCACUGCUGCUGCAGCUGUGGGCACCGGGCGGGCUGGAGGCGCUGGGGCGGCCGCCGCGCCGGCAGCGCUACGAGGCAGUGGAGGCCAUGCUCUCGGACUAUGACAUCCUCUCACAGGCCAGCAUCCAGCAGCACUCCCUGAGGAAGAGGGACUUGCAGCCUGAGACACACAUAGAGAGACUGCUGAGCUUCUCAGCCCUGCAAAGGCACUUUAGGUUGUACCUAACUGCAAGUGCUGAGCACUUUUCAGAGAGGUUCCAGGCAGUGGUUGUGGAUGGAGAAGGCAAGGAGAAAGAGCACCCUGUUCAGUGGCAGGACUUCUUCACUGGCCACGUCGUGGGAGAGCAUAACUCCAAAGUUGUGGCACACAUUGGGGAUGAAGAUUUCACAGUGAGGAUCAACACUGAUGGAGAAGAAUACAACAUUGAGCCUCUCUGGAGGUUUGUGGAUGAUGUGCAGGAUGAAAGGCUGCUGGUCUACAGGUCUGAAGAUAUCAAAGACUUCUCCAGACUGCAGUCCCCCAAGGUGUGUGGCUAUCUCAGGCUGGAUGAAGAGGAGCUGCUGCCCAAGGGGCUGGAGGAGAGGCAGCAGAAGGAAGCAAGCCCCCAGAGGAAGAGAAGAACUGUGCCAGAGAGCUCCAAGAACACCUGCAAGAUGCUGGUGGUGGCAGAUCAUCGAUUCUUCAAGUACAUGGGCAGGGGGGAGGAGAGCACCACUAUCAACUACCUGAUCGAGUUGAUAGACAGAGUGGAUGACAUCUACAGGAACACCUCCUGGGACAAUGGAGCCUUCACCGGGUACGGCAUACAGAUAGAGCAGAUCAUCAUUCACAAUGAGCCAAACCUGGUGAAGCCUGGAGAGAAGCAUUACAACAUGGCCAGAAGUUACCCAGAUGAGAAGAAGGAUGCCUGGGAUGUGAAGAUGCUGCUGGAGCAGUUCAGCUUUGACAUAGCUGAGAAGGCAGCCCACGUGUGCCUGGCUCAUCUCUUCACCUACCAAGACUUUGACAUGGGGACCCUUGGCCUGGCCUACGUUGGCUCUCCCAGGCCUAACAGCCAUGGGGGCAUCUGCCCUAAAGCUUAUUACAGCCAGAUUGCAAAGAAGGACAUCUACCUGAACAGUGGCUUGACCAGCACCAAGAACUAUGGCAAGACCAUCCUGACCAAGGAGGCUGACCUGGUGACCACACAUGAGCUGGGACAUAACUUUGGAGCAGAGCAUGACCCUGACAGCCUGCCAGAGUGUGCCCCCACUGAGGACCAGGGGGGCAAGUAUGUGAUGUACCCCAUUGCUGUCAGUGGAGACCAUGAGAACAACAAGAUGUUCUCCAGCUGCAGUAAGAAGUCCAUCCACAGGACCAUAGAGAUCAAGGCCCAGGAGUGUUUCAAGGAGCGCAACAACAAAGUGUGUGGGAACUCGAGGGUGGACGAGGGGGAGGAGUGUGACCCUGGGCUGGUCUACCAGCAGGCUGAUCCCUGCUGCUCCUCAGACUGCAGGCUGAAACCUGGUGCCAAGUGCAGCGACCGGAACAGUCCCUGCUGCAAAGGCUGCCAGUUUGAGAAUGCCCAGAAGAAGUGCCAGGAAGCCAUCAAUGCCACUUGCAAAGGAGAGUCCUUCUGCACGGGCAACAGCAGCGAGUGCCCCCCGCCCGGGAACGCGGCAGACGACACGGUGUGCGUGGACAUGGGCAAGUGCCAGGGCGGGGAGUGCGUCCCCUUCUGCGAGAGGGAGCGCGGCCUGCGCUCCUGCGCCUGCAACGAGACAGACAACUCGUGCAAAGUGUGCUGCCGGGACCAGCAGGGCCGCUGCGUGCCAGUCCUCAAUGCCAACCAGCAGUUCCUCUUCCUGCGCAAGGGCAAGCCCUGCACUGUUGGCUUCUGUGACACCAACGGCAAGUGUGAGAAGCAGGUGCAGGAUGUGAUUGAACGCUUCUGGGACUUCAUCGACCAGCUCAGCAUCAACACCUUUGGGAAGUUCCUGGCAGACAACAUCGUGGGCUCUGUGCUGGUCUUCUCCUUGCUCUUCUGGAUCCCCCUCAGCAUCCUGGUGCACUGUGUGGACAAGAAACUGGACAAGCAGUACGAGGAGAACACCAAGUCCCUGUUCUGCCCCAGUAACGUGGAGAUGCUGAGCAGCCUGGACUCGGCCUCGGUUCGCAUCAUCAAACCCUUCCCCGUGGCACAGCCCAGCAGCCGCCACCAGCCCCUGCAGCCCCUGGGCCCCGCUCCCCCCGCGCCCAAGCAGGACCACCAGAGGAUGGACACCAUCCAGGAGGACCCCAGCACCGACUCCCACGUGGACGAGGAGGGCUUCGAGAAGGAUCCUUUCCCCAACUCCAGCUCCGCCGCCAAGUCCUUCGAGGACCUGACGGAGCCAGUGGCACGGCGCAGCGAGAAGGCUUCCUCCUUCAAGCUGCAGCGGCAGGGCCGGGUGGACAGCAAGGAGACCGAGUGCUAGGGCCUGGCGUGCAGCCAGGCAGAGCUGUGCCCGAGGGAGCUGAGGACCUGACCUCCUGCAGGGGCUGGCCAUGGCUGGGACCUUCCUCCCGUGCCAUCUCCUGCAGCCUCUCUUGUGCAGACUCCCAUCUGAACCUGCCUUGGGGGUUGAAGCUCUCUGUGGAUUUGUUUUCUAUUUCCCUUGCCCUUUGCCAUUUCCCUCUGACCUGUGGUGCAGAGCCAGCUGUGCCCCAGAUGCUGGACUGUGCCCAUCACAGCCUUUUUUAUAAUGGAAACAAUGUUUUGUAGUCUGACAGCACUGAGAGGAGCCAGGGGCUUGCCAAACCAAGUGAGAUGUUCCACCUAGAGUAGACCACUGAGCACUUCAAGGGACAUGGCAGCAAAAGCCUGGGCAGACAGACAGCAGUGACACAGAUGAAAACACAGCCUGAGGAGCAGGAAGCUCAAAGCUGUACAGCUUCAAACCAAAAGGCUCCUCAGAGGCUGCUAAGCCUUCCCCUGUGCAUGCACCUGCUCCUCCAGCCUGAGCCUCCUCUGCCUGUGGUGCUGAGGUUGUCCUGUGCUCAGGGCAGGGCUUCCCUCUGUGCCUUGGGGGUCCCCACCCUGCACGAAGAGGCUGCUGUGUGGCUGGCAGGGCAGAGAGGCAGGGGAGAGAUGCCUGCUGGGGCUGAGGGCUGCAGCAGCUGUUGGCAGGGCUGCUUUGGGAGCAGGGAGAGUUCUCCAGCUGGCAGUUUGGGACAGGGCCUUGCUCCCAGAGCUGGCCUCAGGCUGCAAGCUCUGAGUGGCCUCAGGAGGCUCCCAGUGCACCACCCAAGGGAGAGGAGCAUUUGACCCAGGUGUGCAUUUAGCAACCAAGGAAAGGGGAAACUCAGAGACUCCAGAGCUCAGCUCCCCCCACAAAUACUGAGGUGGCAUCAGUGGUGCCUUCCAGCUGUGUGAGGGCAGCUGGGCACAGCAGCAGGGCUGAGUGGCAGAGCGCUGGGGCUGACAUGAUGCUGUGGUGGUGGCUGUGAGGGGAAGGAGCCACACCAGUGCUGGGGGGACUGGGAACACUGCCCCCCUGCCUCCCAGCCCAGGCCCCUGCUCCUCUGAUACUUGAACCUGUGCCUUGCCUCUUGCCUGGCUGGUAGCUGCUGGUUCCUGCCCUGGGUUUGAACUCUGAGGGGGCUUUUCUGUUUGGGUUUUCUGUUGGUUCAGUGCCAAGUCCACCUGUGAGGAGUUAAUUUAAUUCCUAAGACAAUAAAAG